UAGACGCGGCAGAGGAAAAGAAGAAAGGCUAGGGGGAACUCCCUGCACCAAAAACCCCCGCCAUUUCAUUCUGCUGAUGAUUCCACAACGGUCCUUAAACCCUAACGCUUGAUGUUACUUCUCGCUCUCCUCUCUUGCCGGAAACCCCCACUUCUCCUAACGCAAAUCGCUAGACACCUCUCUACCGCCUCUACAUCUUCAAAACUCCAUGACCACUACUCCUUUAAACCCCCAUCCACUCUUUCUCCCCAAAUCCCCCACACCCCUAAUCCAACUCCCAGGAAAAAGCGAAAGCCCUUAUAUCGUCCACCUUCCUUGCUCGACCGGACGGCCACAAAGCUUACUCACUCCGAUCUUCCCUUUGAUUUCCGGUACAGUUAUACGGAAAGCAGCCCUACUGUGAGGUCCAUUGGGCUUAGGGAGCCUAAGUACUCGCCAUUUGGUCCAGGUCGUUUGGACCGAGUAUGGACCGGAAUUUGUGCCCCUGCAGUUGACCCGAAGGUGAAGUCGCUCGACGGGAUAGACAAUCCGAAUUUUGAAGAGAAGAGGAGCAGGAUGAGAGAGGAAGUUCAAGGAGAGCCGCUUACCAACGCUGAGAGGAAGAUUCUGGUAGAAAAUUGUCAAAGGAAUAGAACCAAGAAGCAAAUUAACCUCGGGAGAGAUGGUCUAACGCACAACAUGCUGAAUGAUAUCCAUAAUCAUUGGAAACACGCCGAAGCAGUCAGGAUUAAAUGUCUAGGUGUUCCCACUGUUGACAUGAAAAAUAUAUGUAGCCAUCUUGAGGAUAAAACCUUUGGGAAGAUAAUCCACAGACAUGGUGGUCUACUGGUAUUAUAUAGAGGCAGGAACUAUCAUCCCAAGAAAAGCCCUAAAAUUCCAUUGAUGAUGUGGAAACCUCAUGAACCCAUAUAUCCCAGGCUAAUCAAAACUACUAUUGAUGGCCUGAGCAUCGAGGAAACAAAAGGAAUGAGAAAGAGAGGACUAACUCUUCCUGCUUUAACAAAACUUGCAAAAAAUGGCUAUUAUGGUAGUCUGGUACCCAUGGUCAGAGAUGCUUUUCUUGCCAAUGAGCUGGUUCGGAUAGACUGCCGGGGCCUUGAGAAGAGUGAUUACAGGAAAAUAGGCUGCAAACUAAGGGACUUGGUUCCAUGUAUUCUUGUGACAUUUGAGAAGGAGCAAAUUGUAGUGUGGCGAGGGAAGGACUAUAAGCCUGCAGAAGAUGAACUAUUGUUUACUGAUAGGGAAUUCUUUGAAGAUCCUGAGAGCAGUCUGGUUUAGAGUGGAGAGUUGUAGCUCAGAUGACAGCAGCUGUCAGCAUUACUACUCCUAUGGCGGUCAUGGGUAGUUUACUUCUUGCUCCAGUUUGACACAUCUUUGCUGGAUUUGAUGCUUGUGUUCUCCAAUUUGGAAUGUGAUAAGAUCUGGAGGAGGCUCAACAAUCGGAUAACUGGAGUGAUUCGUUGCUGUUGUAGAUAUUAGAUUGGUUCAUUACUAGUUGACUCUAUUUGAAAAACGAAUUGGAAGUGAGGGGAACAAAAUGAUAAAUUUUUUGAAAUAAUGCUUGUAAACGAAAGAAUAUAUUUGCAUUGGAUGAAUAGUGGGGCCUUGAAAGUAUGAUUUUUUCAAUUAAUGUAAUGUAAUUUAGGUUUUAGCA